AUGAAUUCAAUAUUAAUCAAAGGCAAAAAUCUUUUACAGUUAUUGGUAAAUUGUUUUAUUAAUUCAAGGUGGGGAUACUUAAAAGUAUUUAAUUUUGAUUAUCAUAAAUUAGAUAUUAACGUAAUCGGAUAUUUUUUCAUCCAAUAUAUAAAAUAUUUAAUUUACAGAUUGUUUAAGUAUAUAUAGAGUUAAGACAAUCUUAAAACUGAAAAAGAAAUUAAAAUAUCUUAAAUAGCUAAAUCAAAAAUUUAUUAUGAUUUAGAUCUAACUAAUAUCCUUCAAAAAACUCUAUAAGUUUGA